AUGGAAACCUCUAAAAAGUCAGUUCAACUGAAAGUAUUUGUUGACAAAAAGAAGAAAAAGGUGAUGUUUGCGGAAGCAGCCAAUGACUUUGUGGACAUACUCUUUAGUUUUUUCACUUUGCCUCUGGGAACAAUUGCAAAGCUCUCAAGAAAGCAUUUAGACUCAACGGAUAUUAAACUUGGAAGCUUGACUUCUCUUUAUGAAAGUGUUGUGAGUUUAGCUUUGAAAUAUAUAGUUUGGUCCCAUCAUGAUUUGUUAGUCGAUCCGAAAAAUUCAUCAGCUUCUCUAUGCCAGAAUCUUAAAGUAAAUCCAGAUGACACCAAGACCAAGUUCAAAACUUUCCGUGUGCUUGAUUGGCUGCAAGGUGUGUUUGUAAAAAAGUUGGAUAAUUUCAUAAUUACAGACGAUCUCAAUGUAGUACCUCUCACGCUUGAUACAAGCAUCAGACUUUUUAAUUCUCUCGGUGUUGAAAACAUUAAUUUGUUAAGAAGAGAGAACAAUGUAUUUUGGUUUGGAAGAGGUAAGUUCCUGAAUUUACUGAUGUGGUCUUUAACGACGAAUUAUCCUUUGACACACCUGGUGCUUGGAGGAGGUAAGCCAUGCUCUUCAUGCCCUACAAGCUCUACGUUGUGUAAUUCAUCUUUGAUAUCGAUCGAGCAACUCCGGAAAAACUCAGACAUCAAUGAAAUUGCUGGUUCAAAAAUCAAACAAGAAGCUUUUAUGCGCACAAGUGGAGAGUCUUUUUGUGGAUCUGCUCUUCAGUUUCCUAACCAUCCCAUUGGGUGCUGUCAUACAUCUAACAAAGGAUGUUGGUUCAUCUUCAUUAAUGGCUAUAAGUAA